AUGAUGAUUAAGAAUUACACCUUCCUUUCGGAUCAUUCUUAUUCCUUACGACCUGAGGCAGACGAUAAUGACGAACUACCAUUGAAUCAACGUGAAGAUAAGAACGGAAAACGUCGCCGGUCGUCGAUUCGAACGAGUAAAGCAACGUCGACUGCAAAUCGUGCUGUUUCUAUGGAUCGUAGUUCCAGUGAUAAAGAAAACGCGUCGUUAGUUUCAACGAAACUAGCUCGUACGUCAACCUCAACAGCAAACAGUAAUAAAUCAUCCAGUGAUGUACGAUUGAACAGGAAAAAGUCAGCGCCUCGAUCUUCGACACGAACAGCAAUGACUAAUGGCAAAAAACAUGAUGAUAAAUCUUCAGUGAAAACAAGCAUUAAACUAACAAACGGUGGUGUUACAAAAAAGAAGAAAGUGAUUAAACGAAAUGUCGAGAAAACAUUGAAUGUAUCACAAGAUACCUUCUCAGAUGUACCACCAUCGUUAUCGAUUGAAGAGCGUGUGAAGCUACGUCGAACGAAGCCACUUCAACCGUCAGUAACUCCUAUAAAAAGCAAACCUGUAAAAACGAAUAAAAUUCGACCGAUAAAACAAGAAGAAAUCAAAUCGGUCAGUAAAAAAACCACGAAAUCGAGAAAAACUUCGUCGCCAGUUAAAACUACAAAGCUUUUUCUCGGAUCCGGUCUUGAUCUUGACAAUAUUGUUCUCGGUAAUCGACAACGACGUUGUGUACAGACAUAA